AUGGCACCUAGAAUUGAAGAAGAACAUGUUGAGACACUUUCAAUGAACGGCAACAAAAUGCAAGUCAAAGAUUUCAUAUGGUCUGAGGAAGAAUGGCCUGCACUAAAGCAUGAUGAUUUCGGAGAUGUAAUUAGCGAUAUUCCAGUGAUUAGUCUUAAUGGUAUUUGGGAGAAUCAAGAACUAUACGAAAAUGUCUGCCAAGAUAUGGUGAAAGCAAGCGAAAAAUGGGGAUUCUUUAAGCUUGUGGAUCAUGGGGUACCUAGUGAGAUCGUUGAGAAUUAUACCAGUCGCUUGCACGAGCUUUUUGAUCUUCCGAUGGAACAAAAGCUCCAAGGUGGCAGAACAUCAAGCUUGCCGUUGGGGUAUUACGCUUCAAACCCUGAGUAUGAGCAAAACUUGCCUUGGGCUGAAAUCUUGCAGCUGCUUCAGUCACCUGAAAUGGUUGUCCAAUUCGCAAAAAAGGUCUACGGUGACCAAUACCACCCAUUUAGCAAUGCAAUGAUAGAGUACAUGAAAGAGAUGGACAAGCUAGGAAUGAUUAUAAUGGAGAUGUUGGCUCAUGGAUUAGGUCUAGCAGAUGACUUCUUCAGCAAAAACUUUGAAGAAAAGGAGGCUACUAUAUUCAGGAUAAGCAAAUAUCCCCUUUGUCCCCUCCCAGAGAAGAUAGUAGGAAUAGGGAUCCAUUCAGAUCCACAAACCUUAACCAUAUUGUAUCAAGACCAUGUUGGUGGCCUUCAAAUCCUCAAGGAUGACAAACAAUGGAUUGGAGUUCGCCCUCUUCCCAAUUCAUUUGUCAUCAAUAUUGGUGACACCCUUGAGGCUUGGACAAAUGGAAGGUUAAAGAGUGUUAUACACAGGGCAGUGGUGAAUAAGGAAAAGCAAAGGCUAUCAAUGGCAUAUUUCUUGAAUCCAACAAGCAGUGCAACAAUUGAAUGCCCUCCUCAGCUUAUUGAUCCGGUUUCCAAUCCUAGAAAAUAUGUAUCUUUUACGUGGGCUGAGCUGCGGCAUCAUCUUUUGACUACUAGGAGGGUUAGGGGCAAAGCUGUUGCCAUCAAUAAAUUCCUUAUAUCUAGUUGA